CUGAAAGUUCAGAUACAAGUUCAUUUGAAGACUCUGUGAAUUUUGCUCCACACCCGUAUGAUCAAGGAGAUGACGAGAAUCGUUUAUCUCUCAAUAAAACCGAGAGUUACCACAGUCUCUACCCUGAUCAGGCUGUUGUUAAUACUGUCUCGCACACUGACGAUAAAGAUGGAAAUGAUCAAUGCUACGAGGUGAGCAUGGGGGCUGGUGACAAACGCGAUCCUUUGAAACUUCCCUUGUGGCGUAAAUGGCUCAUUACAGUCACUCUUGCUCUUGUUGGUCUUGAUAUUUGCUUGUUGUCGAGUUGCUGGUCUCUCGUAACACCAUUAAAAGAGAGGUACAACGUCUCACACGAGCUCUUCGUACUAGGGGUGUCAUUUUACAUUUUUGGCAUGGCUUGGGGACCCUUAUUUUUGUCUCCAAUCAGCGAAUUUUAUGGGCGGAGAACAACCUACAUUUUAGGCCUCACAACUUGCAACAUCUUCCAGGUCUUAUGUUGCUUUGUCCCCAAUUAUGGGUUUAUGAUUUUCUGCCGCUUUAUGACGGGGCUUUUUGGCUCUGUGUUUUUAUCGGUUGCACCUGGUACAAUAUCCGAUAUCUUCACCAAGCAAAAUAUAGGAACACCGUUGACCGUUUACUCGCUAUGUCCAUUUUUGGGACCAAGCUUAGGUCCUUUGCUUGCAGGUAUUGUCGUUAAAUUCGGUGGAGAUAAGUACAUGUGGACUUUCUAUAGUCUACUGAUCUUCUCCAGUGUUCUCUGGGUGUUGGUGUUUUUGGUGGUUCCUGAGACCUACGUUCCGAUCCUGACGAAAUGGAAAGCCCAUGAGCUCAGAAAGAGCACCGGUAAAGAGGAGCUAUUUGCUCCAAUUGAGAGAAUGCAUUCAAACAUGUUUGAGGCCAUCUUGAAGGCACCAAAACGGCCGCUCUCGGUUCUGCUUUUCGAUCCGAUGAUGACUGUUCUCUGCUUCUAUUCCGGCUUGGUCUUGGGGAUCGUCUACCUGUUUUUCUUCUCCAUCCCUUACACUUUUCACAAAGUCUGGGGAUUCAACAUUGCAGAGCAGGGACUAGCAUUUCUUGGCAUGGCUAUUGGAAUGCUGGCAUCUUCGAGCAUUUCGCCAUAUUUUGCCAAACUCUAUCUCAGACUGAGCAAAUUGAAAGGCAAACCUCAACCUGAAUACAGGUUCCCACCGCUAAUCGUUGGAGGCUUUCUGGCCCCCAUUUCACUAAUUAUAUUGGCAUUCACAACUUACAAACAGUGCCACUGGAUUGGGGCGCUGAUUGCCUCUGCAUUCUAUGGCAUGUCGACAGGGCUGAUCAUUUCUGGGAUCUUUACCUAUACAGCCGACGCAUACCAGCUGUAUGCGGCAUCUGCAGCUGCUGCAAACACCUUUACAAGAUGUUCCAUGGCUGGAAUUUUCCCGCUCUUUGGCCUCCAAAUGUACGAGAGACUAGGAGUUCAUUACGCAUGCCUGCUGCUAGGGCUCCUUGCACUUCUCCUAACUCCUGUACCUCUCUUGUUUUAUAAAUAUGGAGCCAAACUUAGACAACGGUCAAAGUUUGCUUGGUCAAAUGAGUGA